AACGGAUCGUCAUGGAUAUUCAAGAGUUUCGUGUGCGUGGCAAGGAGAUGGUGGAGUACAUCUGCGAGUUCAUGAGUAAUAUUCACAAUCGGAGAGUGACGCCGGACGUUGGUCCCGGAUAUUUGAGACCCCUGCUACCCUCCGAGGCACCGCAACAACCUGAGCCUUGGGAAGACAUCAUGAGAGACGUCGAGUUGAAGAUCAUGCCCGGAAUCACUCAUUGGCAACAUCCACGGUUUCACGCGUACUUCCCAGCUGGAAAUUCCUUCCCAUCGAUACUCGGUGACAUGUUGUCGGAUGCGAUAGGGUGCAUCGGAUUUUCAUGGGCGGCCAGUCCAGCCUGCACGGAGCUGGAGACGAUAGUCUGCGACUGGUUCGGCAAAGCCAUUGGUUUGCCGACGGACUUCCUCUAUUUUAGCUCGGGUAGCAAAGGAGGAGGUGUAAUACAAGGCUCAGCUUCGGAGUGUAUCUUGGUGUGUAUGCUGGCAGCGAGGGCUCAAGCGAUUGCCAGGCUGAAGGAGUCGCCAGCUCACGCACACCUGGACGAAACUGCUCUUCUAGGCAAGUUGAUGGCCUACUGCAGUCGCGAAAGUCACAGUUGCGUGGAGAAGGAUGCCAUGAUCUGCUUCGUGAAGCUGAGAAUCUUGGAACCCGACGAGAAGAGCGUUCUUCGUGGCGAAACUUUGCGUCAAGCAAUCGAGGCGGACACGGCCGAGGGUUACAUCCCCUUCUUCGUCUCUACCACCCUAGGCACGACUGCUUGUUGUUCCUUCGACAAUCUCAAAGAAAUCGGGCCAGUUUGUAAAAAAUAUCCAGGCGUGUGGUUGCACGUCGAUGCAGCGUAUGCCGGAAACUCUUUCAUCUGUCCGGAACUGAAGUACCUGAUGGCUGGUAUCGAGUACGCGGAUUCCUUCAACACCAACACGAACAAGUUCCUAUUGACGAACUUCGACUGUUCUUGCCUCUGGGUUCGAGACAGAUUCAAGCUGACCGGCGCGCUCGUCGUCGAUCCUCUUUAUCUCCAGCACACUCACGCGGAUACCGCCAUCGAUUACAGACACUGGAGCAUACCUCUGAGCAGACGAUUUCGAUCGUUGAAGCUCUGGUUCGUGAUGAGAAGCUACGGGAUAUCCGGUUUGCAGGCCUACAUUCGCAAUCAUAUCCAACUGGCUAAAAGAUUCGAGGCGUUGGUUAGGAAGGAUGCGAGAUUCGAACUUUGUAACGAAGUUGUGUUGGGCCUGGUUUGUUUCCGGGCAAAAGGCACCGACAAGCUGAAUCAAAAGCUACUGAGCACCAUCAACGACUCCGGAAAGCUGCACAUGGUGCCGGCAAGAGUGAAUCAACGGUUCACGAUUCGAUUCGCGCUUGCUGCACCGAAUGCCACCGCCUCUGACGUUGACAUAGCUUGGAGUAUCAUAACGGAUUAUCUAGCCGAAUUAUUAGAGUCCAAGGAUGUCAUGGACGAAUUGGCAGAUAUUCGCGAGAAGAAGAGGAAAGCCACUUUGGAGCAGAGGAGGUCCUUCUUCGUGCGCAUGGUGUCCGAUCCUGCGAUCCAACCCGGCUUCACCAAGACUCCGAACAGGACGGGAGCGAAACUGGACACUCAAGCAACGAUCGGUGGCAUUGGUUCCAAUCCUCAUACCGCCACUAUGUCCGAUGUUAGACGUUCCUGGAUAUCGUGGCCACUGGCAUACUUGAUGCAGGCAAAGGAUGCUGCGGAUACCAGCGAAUUAUCUCUCAGAUUUCGCCACCUGGACACCAUGGUACGGCUGAAAGCGAGCGGUACCGGAAGUCGUCGCGGCAGCAGCAAUGGCUGCAGCCCGGAUCCAUCGCCAUCAGCAUCGCCGUCCCGUGGAAGAUCGCCGAACGGCAGGGCGUAA